GGGCUUCGUUGUCACGAAGCGUUGAGGUUGCUAUGGUAGUCAACAAGCGGCAUCCGGCUCUCUUCACUCCGAUUUUCCGCUCCCCAGUUUGACGCUUCGCACCGAAGAAGCCCCGGCUUUGCGGAGAGUUUAAGCUCUCGGAUCACAUUUGUGCAAUGGUGUGACGGCGCGAAGGGCGGAGGGAGUGAUGUCGUUCUUUGUAGACAUCGUGACGGAGGACUCGUUCUACGAGAACCUAACACUGGGGAUCGUCAAGAUUUUGGAGGGCACCCCGUGCGUGAAGAAUGUCCAGGUCGACAGGCGGCCAGGGUGCGAUAGGAAUGCUCUGGUGAGCUGGGAACAGAGGCAUUGCUGCGUUAUGCCCGACGACCUGAGAAACUUUUACGCGUCCAUUGACGGGUUCCUGCUCACUUGGUCUCUCGAAAUAUCAGGGGAAGAAUUCCCCCUGGGACGCCUAGAAGUCGGAAGCUUAGGAGAGCUGAAGCGGUUCGUGGGCACGAAAGAGCAGCAAUCCGAAGCGGAAGCCAGCCUCGCCGAAAACCCCGAUCUUCCGUCGUUGAGCCCGCGUUGCAGACUCUUUGAGCUAGGCCACUGUGGGAACAGCAAAGUGUACCUCGCCUAUGUCAACCCAGAAGAAGAUCCGGGGAUCUGGCUCCACCACGAAGAGUCUUCGCGCUGGCUUCGCCUCGCCGACGGUUUCACCAAGUACUUCCGAAUGCUCCUGAUCCACCUAGGUCUUCCGCUCUGGCAGUACUGUGCAACGGGUCUGCCCAUGCCCACCUGGGUGGAGCAGAUAUAUCUUCUCGUCGGGCCGAAUCUCCUGCCAACUACCGUCAAGCCUUCCCAGUCCGUCUCGCGAACGCUGUGGAACGAGGGUUCGUCCAACGCAAUCGACCCCGCGAUAUUUAAGAGCAAGGAGAGCAAGCAGCGGAACGCCCGAAAGAAGUAGUCGACCUUCCUCGUCCUUCCGAAUAAAGUUGAGCGUCAUCGACGA